AUGGCCGCUGCUAAGGAACCAGCGUGGUGGGGAGAAGCAAAGCUCGCCAACAUGAGCGACCAGACCUACAUAAUCACGACCACCAUCGACCCAGCUCGACAUCAGGGGAACCCUGAAGAACCCAAGCCCUGUGUAUCUCAAACACCCUCGUGGGAAAUCAGAUUCAACACAGCGUUCGACGAGCUCUGCACAGCCUUCUGGGCCCGAAUAGAGGCUCGACAGCUACAGCAGACCCUUUCCUUACCUGCUCCUGGGGGGACCUCCAGCGUGGACCAAACGCAUCAAUGUCAACAUAAGCUGAGAGACUGGAUGGAUGUCCAGCCCAUCAAACACCCGCAGCCAUGUGAGCCUGUCGGUGAUAGAGGCUCCCAGCGGGUGACUGGCACUGUCUAUGCAGAUGAAGAGCCCAGAGAUAAAGAAGCACUGGAAUGCUUAUCAGAUCUAGCUUCUGGAGAGGAGGAACAGCAACACCGCUAUGAUGGCCUGCAUGCUCUGGGGGACUCCCGACCAAGGCCUGAGGAUGAAGGAGGACUUGAUCGAAACCGCCUGCCAACACGAAAACCCAGAUUCCGCUUGCCUCACACAUGUGGUAUUGGCUGA